AUGUCGUUUAUCUCGCCGGGACUUCGUAGAGGCCUGAUGCUCAGCACGCCGCUCAUUCUCUCGACACCACUGCUGGCAUAUCAAUUCCGAAAUGCGCAGCGCAUACACUGCGAUGGACCGGAUCCCAUCACAAAGAUUACUAGUGACUUGAAGAGCAACUAUGCCGCCGAAGCGAGAACUCCCGUUGUUACUCAGUCAGGUGCGGUAAACCCCAAGGCAAUUCGACAAAUUAGCAUGGGGAGUAUUCUCGGUGUUAUUGGAGGGUUGGGAAUUAGCGUCUUUAGCAAGCCGCUGGCUAUAUUGAUUGGAUUAGGCAUCUUUGCUGUACAGUUCAUCGAGUCGCGAGGAAUCCAUAUCAUACCAUACUCGUUCCUCCAGCGCCGGUUAAAGUCCAUGAAUGUCCGGUCGCUGGUCCAAGACAAUGUUGCUUUCAAAUUGUCCUUCGGCCUGACUUUCGCCAUGGCUGCGUUUGCUGAAUUUUAA